CGGCUCCGUCAGAUGACGUUGUGUGUUGACGUCUCUGAAAUGAUGGGACAGAUCGGUUAUUCAAUUCAGCAGGCGAUGGAUCGUGAGAAGAAACCCGUCCUCCGCCAUCGAAGGGAUUAUGUGUUGAGUUUUACUGCGUGGAUUUGUUGCUUUUUAUUCCUCAGCCCAUCCUCCGUGGCUCCUGGUCGCGUCCGUCAGUGUAAAGAGACGGACUACUACUUUCAGUACACAGAAUGUGACAGCACAGGAUCUAGAUGGAGGGUGGCAAUUCCUUUAAAGCCCAAACAGUGUACAGGAUUACCAGACCCUGUGCAGGGCACAGACUGCACAUUCUCAUGCGAGGCAGGGGAAUUUCUAGAAAUGUCUGCUCAGGAGUGCACACCGUGUGCUGCUGGUACAUACUCACUGGGCAGUGGCCUACGCUUCGAUGAGUGGGAUGAAAUCCCUCCUGGAUUCAGCAGUCUGGCAACAAACCCUGAUAACUCACCCAUUGGGCAGAAUGCAUCCACCUGCAGCAGUGCAAAGUGGCUUGCACAGGGAUCGUAUCUGGAGUCCCACAGGGAUGAGUGUACUGUGUCUCUGAUCUACACUGUGCAUUUAAAGAAACCUGGCUCGGUGACCUUUGACUACCAGUAUGUGGACAACAGCAUCUUCUUUGAGUUUUAUAUUCAGAAUGACCAGUGUCAAGAGAUGGACCAGGAUUCAAAUAAAAAAUGGAUUAAAUUGACCAAUCACGGAGAGUGGGGAACACAUAUUGUUAAUCUGAAUUCUGGCACUAAUAUCCUCUACUGGAGGACCACAAGAGUCAGUCUGGGCGUUAAAGCAGUCAAACCUGUGCUCCUGAAGGACAUUCGGCUUGAAGGUGUUGCGUACACAUCAGCGUGUUUCCCGUGUAAGCCUGGUACUUUUAGCGGCACACCAGGCUCCUCCUCCUGUGAGUCCUGUCCCAGGGACACUUACUCCAGCCGAGGGGCCAGCUCCUGUACACCUUGCAAUACCAAAACACAUUACGCCUCUGAAGGUUCGACAGUAUGCAGACGCAGAUCGCCAUGCUCAGAGAAAGACUUCAUUCAGACCUACAGCACCUGUGAUAAGGACAGCAAGACGCAUGUCAUUUAUAAAUGGAUCGAGCCUCAGAUUUGUUUGGAAAAGGCUCGUGGUGCAGUAAAACUGCCAUCUACUGGUCAAGUCGAGCAAUGUCCUCCCUGUAAUCCUGGUUUCUAUAACAACGACACAGCUACCUGUUCUCCAUGCCAACCUGGAAGCUAUUCGGAUGGAGUUAAAGCAUGCCAGCCUUGCCCGUCUGGCACAGAACCUGUGCUUGGCUAUGAAUAUAAGUGGUGGAACGUUCUGCCUGCCAACAUGAAGACAUCCUGCUUCAACGUGGCCAACAGCAAUUGCGAUGGCUUGAAUGGUUGGGAGGUAGCAGGUGAUCACAUUCAUUCUGGAACAGGUCGUUCAGAUAAUGAUUAUCUCAUCUUAACCCUCCGAGUACCUGGAUUCAAGUUGCCGCUGUCAGUACAAAGGACGACUGGCAGCGAGUACGGCCGAAUUACUUUCGAGUUUGAAACCACCUGCUCGGCCGACUGCGAGUUUUACUUCAUGAUGGAUAUGAACAGAAGGAGCACAAACGUAGUUGAAUCAUGGGAAGGGAGUCAAAUGAAACAGAGCUACAUGCAUAUCAUGACUGAAAACUCAACAGUUGCCUACACCUGGGCUUUCCAACGCACGAGUCAAGCAAAUGAUGUGCGUCAGUAUGCAAAUGAUAUGGUAAAGAUUUACUCCAUAUCGGUCACUAAUGCCAUAGACGGGGUGGCGUCAGGGUGCCGGGCAUGUGCCCUGCAGACUCGACGGACCGGCUCUUCGUGUGUGCCGUGCCCUGCUGGACAUUACAUUGAUAAAGACACCAACCAUUGCCAAGAGUGUCCUCCAAAUACUGUCCUGUCUGGACAUCACAUCUAUGGCAAAGACGCCUGCCAACCAUGUGGGCCGGGCAGCAAAAGCAACAAGGAGCACAGUGUGUGUUUUAGCGACUGUAUGUUCACACACAUCCAACCGAAUCGGACUCUUCAGUUUGAUUUUAGUGCUCUGGCCACCGCUGGGUCCAUUAUGAGUGGACCGAGCUUUACUGCCAAAGGCACAAAGUAUUACCACCUCUUCAAUGUCAGCUUGUGUGGAGCAGAGGGUCACAAGGCAGCGACGUGCAGAGAUAAUGUUACAAAUCUGCCCAAUGACGAAUCUGAAGGCGAUCAGGUGGGCAGUUCAGUGGAGGCCUUUAUCUGUCAAUCAACAAUUAUACCUUCUGAUGGGCGGGGCUUAAGAACAGCCCUUUCUUCCCAGUCUAUUAGCCUGGCGGACACAUUUCAGGGAGCCACAGUUGAAAAAUCACUCAAUGGUAUAAGCGCCAGACCAGAACUUUUCCCAUCCUCAUCCAGGACAGUCUCAGAUGUCCACUUCUUCUACCGUUCCACGCAGGUUACGACCUCAUGUCCGAGAGGCAGAAACGCAGUUGUUUCAUUGCGCUGUAACCCAGGGAAAACAGCGAGAGGAGAGAUAUCUGUGCCGAGUAAAUGUCCUGCAGGUACGUGUGACGGCUGCACAUUCUACUUUCUAUGGGAAAGCUCCGGUGCAUGUCCACGCUGCACUGAUGCGGAUUAUCACACCAUUGAAGGAGCAUGCAAGGGAGGAGUGCAGGACACAGUGUAUGUGUGGACUGAACCUCGUCUGUGUACUGGAGGACUGGCUCUACCCCUGAAGAAAAUAUCUCCGUGCGAAUCAAUAGACUUUUGGAUAAAGGUGGGAGCUGGACUUGGAGCGUUAUGUGCCAUUUUGCUCAUCUCCUUGACCUGCUACUUUUGGAAGAAGAACAAAAAGCUGGAGUUUAAAUAUUCAAAGCUUGUGAUGUCAGCUAAUAAGGAGUGCGAGUUACCAGCGGCAGACAGCUGUGCCAUUAUGGAAGGAGAGGGGGAGGAGAAUGAAGAUGAUGAAGUGGUUUUUGCCAAAAAGUUAACUCUUAUGGACAAGCUAAAGGCUAUUGCCACCAAGGGCAACAAGAAGAGCGGAGAAGCCGUCCAACUGCAAUACUCCCAUACAGAGAAGUCUGUGUGGGGAUAAAGAAGGAAAAUGGACAAUAUCACACGCAGCGGCCUUAAGAACAGAAGAGCCCGGGAAGUCAUGGUGUUAACUCAGCCCUCAGGACCUGGACAUACACAUUUCUUGAAUAUCUCUCCGUACGUCACUGCGUGCGAUUCACUUCACAGUUGGUUUAUUUUGUCAUCUCUCAUGUUUUCCUGUUGCAAAUGCGUGAAAAUUCCCUCCCUUUCCAGUUUUCUCUGUAAGCUUUUCGGAGCGACAGCCACAACUUUACACGAUUCCCUCCUGUCAGAGCGAAUAAAGCCGAGGGUCGCGGGAAGCACAAAUACUCCCAGACGUUAAGCUAUACUGACAGACGCUUCCAAUCGCGCAAGAAAGCCACGUGUAAAGUAUGUUUUGUUCAAGCACAGCCAAAAUAAACAUGUUGUAUUUGUUUGGAUUAAGUAGCCUGUGUCAUUGAAGGACAGGGACAUUUUAAAUGGGGUAUGACAUUUGAAAUGAAUGAAAUCUGUGAAUGAAGAGAUUAAAGAGACGCAGAAGGCGUUCCAGAACAGCUAUUUUUAUGACACUGGACAAACCUCUUGUGUCAUUGUGGUUGGGGGACGAUACAAAAGCAAAUACACAGGAGAUUAGAGAGAAACCAUAUUCAUUCAAAACAGCAGCUGCACUUGAAAGUCAUGAAACAUUUGCUGGUUUUACUACCUAAUUAAGAAGCUUAAUGAACUGUAAGGGUUUAUUCAGGAAAUUUUAAGACCUAUGACAUGAGACCCUGUAAAAGAAGAGCUUUAUUGAUGCUUGUUUGAGGUUAAACCCACCAUUACUUUGCUUAUUUUAUUAAAAUGAUGCAUAUCAGUACUUCUUCUUUGUGUAUGCGUGUGUGUCCUCAUGUUGUAUAUUCUGUGUUAGUUUUGAUAUAAUAUGAUUGUAAUAAAUGAUUGUUUGCACUCUC